UUUCCUAAAGUAAAUUCAUUUACUGUUAUCAAAAUAAUACAAGUAUUGUGAAGUAGCAUUUCCUCAAUUUUUACUGAAAUUCAACUAUUAAGUCACUUCAGAAUGCAAGACAUACUUUCCAAUCAGGAAAUAGAAAAAUUAGACCUUUCAAAAAUUGCAGCUUUACAGCAAAAACGAACACUUGCAUUCGUGAACCAUUUUGUGAUAACUACAGUGCAGUUUUUAAAUACUUUUGCCAAAAAAUGCGAAAAGAAGCUAAUGCUGUUUGAACAGAAAUUGGAGAAAGUUGAAGCUGCAAUGAUUUUGUUGGAAGCUCGGCUUUCAUCUAUUCCAGAAAUCAAUGAACCUUUGCAAACUGACACAAAUGCAGAAUCUCUUAAUACUUCUGAAAUAAAAUCUGAAGACCGAACUGAUGACUCAAAAAAAGAAGUCAAAGAAAUUGAAGAUAAACCUGAGGACAAUGUCUCGCAGACUACUGCAGAUACUGUAAUAAAACCUGAGUAUGAAAGGUUUAUAAAAUUAGUCCAGGUUGGUGUACCACUCCAAGCUGUCAAGUUAAAGAUUUCUAUAGAAGGGCUAGAUCCUGAUGAAUUUGAAAGUAUGUUGAAAAAAUAAUACAAUAAAAUAUACCAUUACAACUAGUUUAAAAUUA